CGGAGGUUGUAUAGGAGGCUGCGUACGCGCACGCCGAGUGCAGACGCCGGCAGUCUCGCUUGCGGCUCCGUCGACAACGGACGCGUGAAGCGAACGCGCUACAUCGAACUCUACAUCGAAAAUAUUUACGAUAACAUUCGAUUUUUAAAUUGUGACGCGCUGCGCCGAACUCUACAUUGAAAACAUUUACGAUAAUAUUCGAUUUUCAAAAUUUAAUUGUGCUUAGUGCUUCGAUGUGACAUUCGCGAUGUCCGAAUAAAGUUUUUUAUUAAAGUGUCAAAAAAGUAAAAAUGAAGAUGACUGUAAAUCGCAUAAGGGUGGUUGUACUCGGGAGCCCUCGUAGCGGAAAAUCAGCGGUCGUGGUGCGUUACCUGACGAAGCGCUACAUUGGCGAGUACAGCUCUACUGGAGAUUUUCUAUAUCAGCACCGAGUAGCGUUCGAUGGAGCGGUGUCCGAAGUGGAGAUACUAGACACAUCUAAUUGUGCCAUACGCGGCUGUUUAGGCGAGCACAUCCGAUGGGGGGACGCGUUCGCGGUGGUUUACUCCGUCUGCGAGAGACGGUCGUUCCUGGCAGCUGCUGAGCUGCUGGCCCUGUUAGAGAGGACGAGGCUGCCGAGCUGCGCCGCCAUCACACUGUUGGGCAACAAACGUGACCUCGAACACGCCAGGGAGGUCCACGCGGAAGAAGGUCAGGAGCUGUCUCUCCGCUUCGGGUGCCAGUUCUACGAGGUGUCGGCGGCGGAGUCGUGCGCCGGCGCCGCGCUCGCCUUCCACGCGCUGCUGCGGGAGGCGCGCGCGACCGCGUUACUGCUACCCACGCCACGACGGAAACUAGCCGCUUACUCGGUCUCCAAGGUAAUCGGCACGAUAUUCGGUAAAAACAGCAAAAGCGUACGAAAGAAACGACCAUCUCUCAGUAUAUAGAUAUUUUACGUUAUGCGCUACGUAGAUCACUAUUGGUACUUUGUUUAUUGUGAUUUUUGUUAAUUGUAAUUGUAAAUACUAUCAAAUUCUUACUCUAUAAAUUGUAUAAAAUUAUUAUAAAAUGUUUAUAAUUAUAGACUAGUGAAGUAAAAAUCAGUUACAAGCGAUUUCAAAUCGAACGAUAUUACUCUUGUAAUAAAAUUAUGCCGAUAAAGAUGCUAAAUAGAUUUAAAAAUGUAUUGUUAAAAAACUUUUACGACGAACUCUACCGGCCUUAAAAACGCUGGAGUCUGGACUAAUCUGUGUCUGUCGUUAGACAGACAAAAACAGUCAGAGUCCUGUCUUAUUAUUUACAAAGGUUUUACUCUCAUAAUAUUAAUGUGGAGUUACCAAAUGAGUAACUUAUAGAGUAAAACGUAAUUGGCUAUUUCUUGGCUAUUGGAUUUUAAUGUAAGACAAAGAUUUCCGAUAUCAGGCGAUAUUUUCUUUGGCGCCAAGAAACUUUAUGUGUGGCAUUCAAUAGCUUUGACCACAUUGUGCCUUUUUCUGGGGCAUGCGUUAUAGCGCUGUCAACAGCGAAGGUGUGGCAUGCCCGGACGCGCGUCAAAGUCCACCCGCGUUGAAAGAAAAGUGUCAUAGCGCGCGCUAUGAUUACAACGCGCGUUACGGGCAUGCCUCACGUUCGCUGUUGACACCGCUACGAGGCAUGCCCUUGAUGAACAGAAAAAGGCACAAUGUGGACAAAGCUAUAUAUUAUAACGAAGCGUCACGUAGAGUCGUAGAACAAGUUUUUUGAUGAAUCAACGAAUAUUAAACUCAUUGAUGCAAAUGACAACAAUGUGAAAUUUUUGAAUUUCUUCGAUGAAUAUAUUAUUAUUAAUAAUCAAUUUACGAAUAUGUUUUACAUAAAAUUAUAAUACUUACUUAUAAAAGACAUUUAUUGAUCUCUAUUUAUAAAUCCAGUGAAAUGGAGAUUAGCUUUAAAAUUGUGAAACAAAAUGUAAAUAUUAAUGUAAAUAAUAGUGUGAA